UUCUCCAUGGAAACGGAGCCUAACUGGAAAUGCAAGACUUAUCGCGGAGGUUUUCACUUUUCUACAACGUCUUAAGGAUGGGCAACUGGUGCAUUAACUAAAAUAAACGGAAAAAGUGGUUUGAUUAAUACAUUCCUGGAGAUCUGUAUCAUGGAAAGAUAGGAAAUAAAAAUACAGUAGUGUUAGAAACGUACUAACUGACUAAUGCGAUAGUUUUCAUUUGACAGGACGUCUAACGCAAUAUUAUUUACGUUUGCUGCGUAUUAUGUAAUUCCUAACAUUUUUGCGACUACGCUACAUUUUCUUGUGAGUUGCCAUUCCUUUCUCAUUGUAACUCCUCGAUGUUAGAAUCUUUAACUUGGACAGAAGACCGUUUAUAAAAUGUUUAAAGCAAAGAUACUUGUGAUUGGACCCUGUGAGAGUGGUAAGACAGUUCUGGCAAAUUUCCUGUCAGAUGCCAUCAAAACAGUUGGAGGAGAAUACAGUCCAACACAAGGUGUUAGGAUUUUGGAGUUUGAAUGCCAGUGUAGCAAUGGUAGUGGCAAGAACAUUGGCUGUGAGGUGGAGAUGUGGGACUGUGGUGGAGAUUCUGCGUUUGAGUCAUGCUGGCCGGCUUUUCUCAAGGAUUCCAAUGGGGUUAUCAUUGUGUUUAACCCAGAUGUGCCUAGCCAUUUAAAGGAGGUCGAGUCAUGGUAUUCAACAUUUGUUUCUAGCCAGGGAAUACAAGACAGUCAGUGUAUGCUGGUGGCUCAUUACAAACCAGGAUAUGGGGCAGAUAAUGGACUUCCUGCUCUUGCUCCACAGAUGAACAAACUUAAUAUAGUGCAUUCCAACUUGGAGGAAGACCCUGAAAAAAUGCGCCAGGAAUUUCGACGUUACCUAGGAUCAGUGGUGAAGUCUUUGUCUGAAAGCAGAGAGCGUGAGGAAAUGUCAAUUAUUACAUGAAGGCCCACUGGAAACUACAGAUGACAUCCAAAAAAUCAAAAUCACUACGGCUGACCUCAAUAGAGAGUCUUUUAGGAGUGCUACCACGAAUUUUCAACUUUUUAUUUAACAAAGUUUAUAUUUCAACUUGCAGUAAGCUGUCUUUAUAGGUGUGUGAUUGAGCAAAUGUAUAUUUCAUGUAACUCUUGCAUUCAGUUUCAAUGUGUAGAAGGCUUGCUGAAUAAUAACUGCAUGCGACUUAGGAAGUUUUUUCCUGCCAUUUUCUUAAAAGAUCUAGUCAGACAUCCGAGUCCCUGCCAAAGUAAAUUUUACUGGUACAGGUACUUACAUUUUUAUAAAUAAAUAAAAUACACACACAGUAUUAAAUAUGAAUGUGCUUAUUUAUGUACAAAACAAAUUUAAAUUAAAUCAGUAACAUUGAAAAUGUGCAAUAUCUUGCAACCUUUGCUAGUGAUUUUUUUCCUACUCAAUCAAAGUCUUUGGUUAAAUAUGCAUCUCCUGGUUUAAAUUUACAACAUGACCAGAACCUAAUUUGCCAAUUAUAUUAUACUAUGUAUAAACUGUAUAGUAUAAAGCACAUCUCCAGAAACACAUAUGCCCACUACGUGUUCACAAUACACAUACAAAAAUAUACAUUUUUAAAAUGUAUCUGGCACAUUCUUUUAGGCUUUAUAUAGACACUGUUUAAUAUUUGCUUUUGUCUUAACAGUUAAAAAUAGAUUUGUUUGGACAUGCAACUCACAAAACUGUGAAACUGUAUAAAAAAAAAAAAAAUUGCUAAAUUAAUGGUAUCUUUUUCUUAAUAAAUGGCAUGUGGACAUCUGCCCAAUUUACUGUACAAUAGUCUCCAAUUAAUUUGGUAUCGUUUCGAAUAAGGUUUUUAUUAGAGAUAAACAGAUUAACGGGAGGCAAAGAUUAUUUUUUGAGAAGGACAUGCAGCACAUAUGAAAGCCUUAAAAUGUAUUAUAGGGAAAAAAGGUGAUAGUUAAGUCAAAAAACAAUAAAUUCAGCGUGAAAAACUUUAUUUUUAGCAUGAUGAA